CUCUGCUGCUGAGCGCUGAUGUUGCAAUGGAAAGGCCAAUCAGCUUCCACUUCUUAUCAAUAUAAAUUUUUUGAUUAGGAUAGGAACAGGGUAAGGUUUGAUCUGGGUAAGAAUAUUAGGUUAGGCCAAUCAGAGACAGAGUAGGACGGGUCAUGACUUCGUCAUCCUGGAAAAAACAAUAUCCCUUCCGGGGCAAACCCGCCCACUGUUAGCCCGCGGAACAGAAGUUGCUUGUUGACAUCGGUGAAGGAAAAUGUGGUGACAAGAUACGGAGAUCAUAUCACUUCACUAUGUUGAUAAGCACAGAGCAGCAGGCCCUGAUUGGUCGGGUGUUUGAAACCUAUGUGACAGAGCAUCAUCAUGGUGACAUUUACCAGCUCAUUGAAGAUACUAAGGAUGAGACCCAUCACCCUGUUGUUGUUAAUGCAAUGACAUUGUUUGAAGCCAACAUGGAGGUUGGGGACUAUUUCAACGCCUAUCCUGACGAUGUCCUGGCUAUAUUUGACCAAGUGUUACACAAAACAGCCAUGGAAUUAUCUGAGAUUGCUUCUCCCAAGCACUAUGGAGGACAAAGAACAAAAGAGCAGAGAAUGAGACUCACUCUUCAUGCCCGCGUUACAGGUCUGCCAGUAUGUCCAGAGCUCACCAGAGACACUAUUCCACGAUCCAGAGAUGUAGGACACUUCCUGUCUGUCACUGGUACUGUCAUACGCACCAGUGUUGCCAAGGUCCUGGAGCACAAGCGUGAUUACAUUUGCGCAAAGUGUCGCCAUGUUUUCAAGGUGAAGGCCGAUUUUGACCAGUUCUAUACCUUUGUCCCACCGAUGGCCUGUCCUAAUCCUGAUGGCUGUAACUCAACCAAGUUUAGCCAUCUGUCUGGAGGAUCUGAGCCUGCUGCCUGCAGGGACUACCAGGAGAUCAAGAUACAAGAGCAAGUGCAGAGGCUGUCAGUGGGCAGUAUUCCUCGUUCUAUGGUGGUGGUUUUGGAGGAUGACCUGGUUGAUAGUUGUAAAUCUGGAGAUGAUGUGACUGUUUAUGGGGUGAUGUGCCAACGCUGGAAACCCUUUUAUGAUGGCAGUCGCUGUGAUGUGGAGCUGGUCCUUAAAGCUAACAACAUAGAAGUCAACAAUCAGCAUGGUGCUGCUGCUCUGCUCAUGGAGGAUGUUCAGAAAGAAUUUGAAGACUUUUGGGACAGCUACAAACAUAAUCCCAUAGCUGGUAGGAACCAGAUCUUGUUGAGUCUAUGCCCACAAGUGUUUGGCAUGUAUGUGAUUAAACUGGCAGUGGCUAUGGUGUUGGCUGGUGGGGUACAGAGAACAGAUUCUUCUGGGACCAAGAUCAGGGGUGAAUGUCACAUGUUGCUCGUUGGUGACCCUGGCACAGGGAAGUCUCAGUUCUUGAAGUAUGCAGCUAAGAUCAUGCCUCGCUCUGUACUCACAGCUGGAAUUGGAUCAACAAGUGCAGGACUGACAGUAGCAGCGGUGAAGGAUGGAGGUGACUGGCAUCUGGAGGCAGGAGCCCUGGUCCUGUCAGAUGGUGGUUUGUGCUGCAUUGAUGAAUUCAACAGCAUCAAGGAACAUGACCGCAUCAGCAUCCAUGAAGCUAUGGAGCAGCAGUCUAUUAGCGUGGCCAAAGCUGGUAUGGUGUGUAAACUGAACACUCGAACCACCAUCCUGGCAGCAACCAACCCCAAAGGCCAGUAUGAUCCCAACGAGCCACUGUCUGUGAAUGUAGCUCUGGCCAGCCCUUUGCUGAGUCGUUUUGACCUGGUUCUGGUUCUGCUGGACGCCAGAAAUGCAGAGUGGGAUCGCAUCAUCUCCUCUUUUAUUCUGGAGGACAGAGUGCUGCCUGCUGAGUCCUCCAGCCUGUGGUCCAUGGAGAAAAUGAAGGCUUAUUUCUGUGUAAUCAAACGCUUGCAGCCACAGGUGUCUGAGGAGGCCAACUGCAUCCUGACGCAGUACUACCAGCUACAGAGACAAAGUAACAGCCGCAGUGCUGCCCGCACCACAAUCCGCAUGCUGGAGAGUCUCAGCAGACUGGCUGAAGCCCAUGCCAGGCUCAUGUACAGAGAGACAGUCACCAUAGAAGAUGCUGUCAUGGCGGUCUCUGUCAUGGAGUGCUCCAUGCAGGGCGGUGGCCUGAUGGGAAAUGUAAAUGCAAUACUCACCUCAUUCCCUGCUGACCCCAGUCAGCAGUAUCAAACUCAGUGUCAGAUACUGCUCGAAGGACUGAACCUGCCACUGCUACUUCAGAAGGAAAUGGAGAGACUGUCCAGGCUAAAGCGCAACACCUCAGAGGCUUCUCGGUUUGACCAACCAACUGAUAAUCACCAGCAUCAACUCAUAGACUCAAACUCCAUCAACAAAAUACAAAGUCAUAACAUCACCAGUAGCCACAAGGGUAAUGUCACUGUGGACAGUGGCUUGGAUUGGUUCCACUCCAGAAUUCCAUCACUGUCACUAGACAUGCCCUCACGAAUAAUUACAUCAACUCAAGAAAACUUCCAUAGAAAACCAAGCUCCAAUUGGUCAGAAAUGUCUACAGUAGCCAAACAGCCAAACUGUCAAGCUGAGAAGGAGAAUCUAAGUAACACUGGCUCAUUAUUAAACAGUGAUGUUGCUUUAAAUACUGGUAGUACAGUCACAUCUGUUUCAGAAGAAGACAGAAAAAGUGAGAAAAAUGAAAAUAUUAAAGAAAAAAACUCUUUAACCCCAGAAGACAUGAAGCAGUCUGGUAGACAAGAAGACAGAAAACACCCAGAGUCAUCAGGGUGUGUUAUUCAGAAAGCCUCUAAGAAUCUGAGAGACAGGAAACUUGGGGAGCUGGAGCUGACACAUCAGCAAUGUGACAAAGAAGGAGAAGAGGGGCAUGGAGAGAGUGUGGUGUUCAGAGAUAGUGCAAGUAAAUUUGUCACUAAUGUUUUAGAUACAACUUCAAAUUCCCACUCCAGCAGUACACCGUCAAAAGGGAAGAACUGCCCCUCAAAUAACCAAGUACAGGGUAAUCUGUCAUCUGUCAAAGAAAGUAGAUCUGAGAUAGAGGACAGGAGCAAAUGCACUGGGACUAAGAACAUUAGUACUGUGAAAAGGGAAAAGAUAGGAGCUGAUGUUGAAACAGAUAAAGACUUGCAUGCUAGGUUGUCAGGCUUUAUAUUCAAGCCAAGGAAGAUGAGACCUUUAGUCCACAAUCAGGGCCUACAUGCCAGCUCAGAUGUGAGUGCAGAGUUCCACACUGAAUGCAACCCAGGCAGCAGAGAUCUCCACACCAACAAAGAAAGCAGAAUAAGUCAUCAGAAGGCAGUUAGGCAUAAUGAGACAGCCAGCACAGAGAAGGAUAGAAGAAAGAAAAAACAGAGCCAGUGCCAGAAUCCUUCGGAAGGUGGAGGCAUGAGAGAACAGGUGAGCUGUGUCAGUGAGAUGGUAGAGUGUUGGUCUGAAGCCAGUAUCUGUUUUACAUCAGAGGAGCUGGAAAGAGAUCUUUUUUCAUUUGGAAAGGACAAAUUGACCGGAGGAAAAACAGUAUUUAGAAUAAAAGGGAGUAACGAUACAGAAAAUUUGUGUCAACAACAAAGAACCAGAGUUAACACUGGUAUGGAGACUAAAGUAGAAAGCUAUACUUGUACCGCCCCUUCAACACCAGUUACUUCAAAAUCAGGCCUCACCAAGUCUGCUGUGGCCUCCUCAACCCUGGCUAAACUCUCCGGAUUCUCUUUCACCUGCACAACUGAACCCAAGACCACAACUCAAACAAAAGUGGAAAAAAAUCCUCCCUUGAGAAUGGAAAGAAUUACAUUUAAAAGAGACAGUGUUGAAUGCUUGAGAGUCAAUUUUCAAGACAAGAAAAAUCUAAAUUCUCCUGAACACAGUCCCUUAAAAAAGAAGAUCAGAACUGCAGUCAGCAUGAGCAAAGCAAAGGACAUAUCACCACCCCUAGCCACAGAGCUCACACCAGGAUGGGAACAUGAACCAGGGACAGCGUCACCAACUAAAACAAAGUCCAAGUGCAGUGCAAAGCAGACAGAGCCUGUUCGUGCUGUAAACCAUAGUAACAGUGUAAAAAUGGUGACUGAUGGUUCUGUUGACUAUCAAAGCACUGGCAAUAUGAAUAAGAGAAAGUGUUUUGAGCUGGAACCUCUACCAAGUAAUGCUGCUGGUUCCCAGGGUCCGUUCUCUAAACUGUCUCUGUUUGGCUCUGUUGAGUUAAAUGAUGAUGUUCUUGACACUGACUGGGACCAAGAGUUUUUAAAGAAAGCCAAUGUCUGAUAUUAUAGGCUGCUGUCAGAAUGUGUAUACAGAUAAAGAAGACGACCACAAUAGUGUAUUUCACAUCACAUUUUGCUGUGAGGUGCAUCAGUUCAGUUCUUUGCCUGAUGUAUGAUUUAGUUACCUUCUAUAGUAUGAAAAUAAGAGUUAAAAGCUCAGUGAAGUUCAGAUGUUCAUCCUGGAAUUGUAUUUUUCUCUUUCUCUAUUUAUGCCUGAAAAGACUGUAGAUCUCCACUGCAGCUGCUAGAGCUCAGGCAGAUUAAUUUGCUGCAUGGUGGAAUCAUGCAAAUGACUUUACAUUUUAGCAAGUUAUCAAUGUUACACACAAGAUAAUUCUGGAUCCAUACAUGUAUCACCAUGGUUCCCAAACUUUUUUUGACUACAGCAUCCUAUUAGCAUUUUUUUGUCAUGGAACCAUUCCUGAACACAAGCCACAAAGUGUGUUGUGUUACUAUGAUAACCAGCAACUGUGAGUGUUACUACAUUAUACAAAAUUUUUAAUAAGGUGAUUCUGAUACUUUUUGCCUUUUCUGUUUUAAUAUAAUUAGAAAGGUAACAUAAAACAAUUAAUGUAAAUGUCACCUACGUUUAAUGCAAAACUAUAUUAAAAUUGCACAAUAAAUGUAGAAUGACAAGGAAAAUUUGUGGUACCCUUGCCCCAUCCUCAAGGCACCUCAGGGUGCUGCAGUAACCCACUUUGGGAACCACGUAGCAUAUAUUAAAUGAAACUAAAUUAUACUGUGCGGAUAAUUCAGCAGCAUGCCAGUGGUUUAGCUUGUUUUAGCCUAUUCACUAGAAAUUGUUUACUUUUCCAUGGUACCUGCAUCCAGCUCCUGAGGUAUCUCCAUGCACAGGCCAGCUGGAUGUAAUCUUUCCAGCAUGUUGUCAUUAUAUGACUCAGUUUGUGUACUUUUCAUCACUGUCUCUGAGACUGUAUGAAACAUGCAAGUCACUGGUUUCCAUUAGUUUCACUGUGCUAUUGAAAUCAACUUGAAUUCUUGACAACUGCUACAGUUGGUAACCCAUCACUGUAAAUAUUUUGUUGCCUUUAUUUCUUUUCUUAAUUCUAAUGCUGUUGUGAGUAAAAACUCAUUCAUCAGCAACCUUUUUAUCCAGGAAACAGCAUGUCUGUAGGAUCAGGUUUUCAGGCAACAGCUUCAUGGUACAAUACUGUUUCUGAUCAUACUGUUGUAAAAACCUGUAAAUAUGUAGAACAGACAUUAAAUACACCACCAAAAGGUCUUGACUAUGUUAA